CAGAAAACGAUGCUACUUGGUAGUGUCGGAGCUCAUCGUUUUUUGAGUUCACUCACUUUCUCUCUCUCCAAAUCCUCCUUCUCUCUCCGAUCAUUUUCAGCCAUGGCCGAAGAAUUCGUCAAGGGCACCGUUUAUCCAAACGGCGUCGCUGUCAUCACCCUCGAUCGCCCCAAAGCUCUCAACGCCAUGAACCUAGAUAUGGAUGUAAAGUAUAAAAGUUAUCUUGAUGAAUGGGAAUUGGAUCCGAGGAUCAAAUGUGUUCUGAUUGAUAGCAGCUCGCCUCGUGCCUUUUGUGCGGGUAUGGAUAUUAAAGGGGUUGUUGCUGAAAUUCAAAAGGACAAAAGUGGUGAUGUGAAGCAGAUAACAAUCAAAAACAAUCUAUCGGAUAUGAUUGAGGUCUUCACGGCUGAGUAUUCUUUGAUAUGCAAAAUUUCUGAAUACAAGAAGCCAUAUAUUAGCUUCAUGGAUGGAAUAACGAUGGGCUUUGGGAUUGGCUUAUCUGGUCAUGGCCGCUAUCGCAUCAUAACAGAGAGAACUGUUCUUGCAAUGCCGGAAAAUGGAAUUGGCUUGUUCCCAGAUGUAGGUUUUUCUUAUAUAGCGGCUCAAAGUCCAGGAGAAGGAUCUGUUGGUGCUUAUCUUGGAUUGACUGGAAAGAGGAUUUCUACUCCUUCAGAUGCAAUAUUUGUUGGCCUUGGAACACAUUAUGUGCCAUCGGGAAAGUUAGGUUCAUUUAAGGAGGCCCUUUUGGCAGCUAACUUUUCCCAGGAUCCACAUCAGGACAUCAAAGUACUUUUAGCAAGAUAUGAGUCCAACCCUGAGUCUGAGGCACAGUUAAAAUUGCUUUUACCCCAGAUAAUUUCUUCAUUUGGAGGAAAUAUAUCAGUUACUGAGACCAUUGAGGAGCUAAAAAAACACCAGUCAAGCACUGACCCUAAUGUUGUGGAGUGGGCUAAUGAAGCUCUCCAAGGCCUCGAAAAAGGUGCACCUUUUUCCCUUUUCUUGACCAAAAAGCACUUCUCCGCUGUUGCUUCUGCACUAGGGGAAAAUGACAGCGAAUUAUCCACGCUUAGUGGCGUGAUGAAAACUGAGUAUCGCAUUGCCUUGAGGUCUUCACUGCGACAUGAUUUUGCAGAAGGUGUCCGAGCAGUAUUGGUGGACAAGGAUCAGAACCCCAAGUGGAAACCAUCAACGUUGGAGGAUGUUGAUCCGAGUGAAGCGGAAGCUGUCUUUAAACCAUUAGGGUCAGAGGUUGGGGAGUUGACUGUGUAAUUUUAUAAGGAAAGUGUACUCUUCUCGUUUCUUCAAAUGCAUUACAGAAUUGUAGACACUGCAUCAAAUAAACGGAUGGUGUUAUCAUCGAGUCCAGCUCCGGCUCGAGGUCCAGGUCCAGGUCCAGGGUUUUGCUUGUACUGCUGUCAUCAUCUGUCAUCACGAUGAUAACAUUUAGUCCAUGAUCUUGGAAAUCAAAGGACCAUGUUGCUUCUAGUAUACCUCCAUGGAAGAAAUGAAGACUAUGGUUUCCUUAAUUUAUCUUUUUUAUUUUCUUCCCAAAAAUAUUUUGACUCGAGGAAAUCUAAGAAUGUCCAAAAUUUUACGUGGUAUAGUUGGGUGAACUCAUUUAAUGUGUCAAUUGAGACCUUUUAUCAUCCAGUCUUGGAAUAAAAAU